AGCCAGUUUCAAGAGUUAGCUCAUCUUCCCCUCUACUUCUCUCUCAUUCACACAAUUUCUUACAUAUGGAGUUACCCGUCAAGAAACCACACCAUUCUGCUGACCUAGAAACUCAAUACAACAUAAAGGUCAAGAAUUUAUCAUACAAGCUGUCUCCACGAUACGGCGACUUGGACUGGUUUGGCUGGAAGAGCAGCGCCAGCUCCAGAACCAAGUAUGUUUUGAACAACAUAAGUUGUGAAGUCAAGCCUGGAGAGCUUACCGCGAUUGCUGGUCUAAGUGGGGCAGGAAAAACCUCGUUGCUUGAGAUCCUGGCUGGGACGAUCGCAACGUGUGGAGUCUCGGGCCGUGUUCUUGUCAAUGAUAUGCCCAUGAAUGCUGAAUAUUUUCGUAGGGUCUCAGGUUAUGUCACACAAGAUGAAGCUCUAUUCCCACAUCUUACGGUUGAGGAAACACUUAUGUAUAGCGCACGCCUGAGGCUGAAAGUGGGGCGUGACAAGGCCAGGAGUAGAGUCCAUAGCCUGUUAACGGAGCUGGGAUUGGAACAUAUUGCUGGUGUUAGAAUAGGCAGCGAGACUAUCCGGGGGAUUUCAGGUGGCGAGAAACGUAGAGUGUCGAUUGGAGUCGAUUUAGUGCAUGAUCCGGUGGUUCUUCUGCUUGACGAGCCGACUUCAGGGCUAGACUCGGCGUCCGCUCUUCACAUAGUGACGCUGCUUAAAUCCAUGGCCAAGAACCAAGGGAAGACAAUAGUGCUGACCAUCCAUCAACCUGGAUUUCGUAUUCUUGACUUGAUUGAUGAAGUUAUACUCUUAUCCAAUGGUGGGGUUCUUCACAGUGGCUCGUUGGAUCUUUUAGCGGAACGCCUUAAAUCUGUGGGCCACUGCAUCCCCGAGCAUGUGAACGCACUCGAAUUUGCCAUUGAGGUAACAGAAAGCCUGCACAAAGAAGAGAACCAUAUGAUCAAGAUCGAAUCAUGUGACGAGCAACAUACAGAUGAGACAUUGAAUCAGCUGGCAGAAGAAAAGAAGAUAUUCUACUGUAAUUCUCCAUGCAAAGAGGUGGUGAUCCUAAGCCAGAGAUUCUGCAAGAAUAUAUUUAGAACCAAGGAACUCUUUGCAGCGAAGACGAUUGAAGCAGUGCUAACAGGAAUUGUAUUAGGCACAAUAUUCAUUAACGUUUUCGGCAACGCUAAGAAAGCAAAGAUACAAAAUGAACUAGGCUUCUUCGCCUUCACGCUCACAUUCUUGAUAUCAACAACAACAGAAGCUCUACCAAUUUUCCUGCAAGAAAGAAGAAUUCUGAUGCGAGAAACGUCGCGAGGAGUUUACAGAGUCUCAUCCUACAUCAUAGCCAACACUCUCGUCUUUCUUCCGUUCCUCCUAAUAGUCACCCUCCUCUACACCAGCCCAGUAUACUGGCUAGUCGGGCUGAGGCGCAACAUAGACGGAUUUCUCUAUUUCUCAUUAGUUGUUUGGGUGGUCGCCUUGACCGCGAAUUCUUUCGUAGCAUGCUUGAGCACAUUAGUGCCAGAUUACAUCACGGGGAUGUCACUUAUCUACGGAGUGAUGGGGUCGUUUUUCCUCUUCUCGGGAUACUUUAUCUCAAAAGAUACAGUCCCCAAGUACUGGAGAUUCAUGCAGUACUUGAGUUUGUUCAAGUACCCGUAUGAAUGCUUCAUGAUAAACGAGUUUGGAGGAAAAACGGGGAAGCUGAGAUGCAUUGAAGGUUCUGAGCAUGGAUGCUUGGUGUAUGGGUAUCAGUUGUUAAUGCAGCAGGGAUUGAAGGAGUCACAGAAAUGGAGUAACUUGCUCACCAUGUUGAGUUUCAUUCUUGGGUAUAGACUUUUAGGCCUUGUGUUUCUCUGGUAUAGAUCUUACAAAAGCAGAAGUUGAAAAUCUUUAACCCUUCUCUUAUUUCAAAGCAAUUAUUGUUCGUGAAUGUAUUAACUUUGAUUUAUGCAAGAGAUGCUUCACAUGCAUCCCCUACUAAUUCAUAUAUUGUGAUACAUUGUUCCGGAGGUGUUUUCCAGUGCCAAUAACUUUGGUUGCAAAUGCAAUUUU